AUGGACAAUGAUGAUAGAACCAUUAAGAAGAAUUUAACUAAUGGGACAUAUCAGGAAGCGUUAGAAGUACUAUCCAGGAAAAUCAAUGAGAAUUUGCUCGAGACAUCAAAGGAUAAUGUUAAUAAUAUACUCCCUGAAGUGAACACUAAUACAAAGAAAAUUGAUACGUUGUAUCAACAAUUAAGUCAUCAUAACCAACAAGCAUGUGCCAAUAAAGAAAAUUUGGAUAAUCAUAUUUCAUAUUUAUCUAAUCAACUAUCAAGUUUAACUAGCCUAAAUAAUGAGUUAAUUCAAUUGGAUGGAAUAAAUUCCCAAAAAAACACGGUCUCAACUAAUAAUAAAAGCAAUUUCGAAUUAGAUAAUUUGGUGGUACCUGAUCUGGCAUUGGUUAACCAAUUAUAUGAUAUCGUAAGUGAGAUUAAAGCGACGAAGGAUACUAUAUGUUUGAUAGGUGGAAAUUUCCAAUCAGAAUCAGAAAUUAUAAAUGAUAGUAGAAUGGAUGCAUGCGUGAAAGCGGUCAGAGGUUUAUUUAAUGGUUGA